ACAAAUAAUUAUUGUUUAUUGUCAUAUCUUAAUUAAUGGCAGCUAAUCAGCUUCCUUCCUCUCCUCCCGAUGUAAAGUUUUGUUGUCAAAGGCCAAUGGAGGCUCAAACUAAACUUGUAAAAAGAAAACUGCCUCUGGGGGGAUGGCUACUAAGCUAUUUAGGUGUUUUUAGAUUCAAGCCUUCGAUAAGUUAUAGAGCUUACAUUUUGAUAUUAACGUUUCUCUGUUAUACGUCCUAUCAUAUGUCAAGAAAACCAUUUAGUGUUGUAGCGAAUGUCUUAGCUCCAGAUUGCAAUAAGCUUCCCAAUGCUUCAUGUGGUGGAGAAGGUGAUUCUAAUCUCGAUCUUAGAGAAGUCAAUCCAUAUGAUUAUGUUGAUGGAUGGCCUCCAUUUAAUACUUCACAUUGCAAGACUAUAAUAGGAGCUAUUGAUUAUUCCUGGCUGUUUACUUAUGCUGUCUUUUUGGUGCUGAGUGGACUCAUAGCCGAUCGUGUCAAUCUUAGAUAUUUCCUAACAGUUGGAAUGAUAGGUAGUGGGAUCUUUGUCUCACUGUUGGGUGUGGCUUAUUAUGCCAACGUACAUCAUCUUGCUUAUUUUAUUUUUGUACAAAUUUUUGUGGGAAUUUUUGAGUCUACAGGUUGGCCUGGUGUAGUAGCAGUAAUGGGUAACUGGUUUGGUAAGAAGAACCGUGGUUUAUUAAUGGGUGUAUGGAACUCUCACACAUCAGUUGGUAAUAUACUGGGAACUGCAGUUCCUUCAAUAUGGGCUAGGAAAGGAAAGCCAUGGGGAUGGUCAUUUUUAGUGCCUGGUUUAGUGAUGAUUGUGAUGGGAAUUGUAAUAUUCUUAUUUUUAAUAGUUGAUCCUGCUCAUGUUGGUUUGCCACCUCCUAAACAUCAUUUGGAGUCUGCUUCUCGUGAGGAGGAAGACAGAGGAGGAGGGGGAGAGGGAGAAGAAAGGUAUAAUUCUAAUGGCAUUGAGUCACUUGAGAUGAAGGACAGAACACACACGGCUAAGAAAGAUGGUAAGAGUGAAGAUGAAGGUGAUGAUGCUACUACCGACAAUGAAGCUAAUGGUAACAAUGAAACGUCUGAUUUGAUUAGUCGUAGCCAUGAAAAGAAGCAAUCAUUAAAAAGUUUCUUUAAUCGCAAAGGAAACGCCAUUAGCUUGCUUGGGGCUCUAAAAAUACCAGGAGUGAUAGAAUUUGCUCUAGCCCUCUUUUUUGCGAAGCUGGUAGCCUAUACAUUUCUCUUUUGGCUCCCAUAUUACGUUGCUUUUCAUCCUAUUGAUGGUAGCUGUGUAGGUAACCAGAAAGCCGAUCUAUUGGCUACUCUAUAUGAUGUAGGAGGAAUAAUUGGAGGUAUAACUACUGGUGCUCUUUCUGAUGUCAUCAAUGCAAGAGCUAUAUCAUGUGUCAUAAUGAUGUACCUUGCUGUACCAACUCUUUUCCUGUAUCGAUAUGUGAGCCAUGUAUCAUUAGGAGCUACUAUUACUUUAAUACUACUGAGUGGCCUAUUUAUCAAUGGCCCAUAUGCUUUGAUCACAACUGCUGUAUCAAAUGAUCUUGGCACACACGAGUCACUGAGAGAGAACCAGAAAGCUAAAGCAACAGUUGGUGCUAUCAUUGAUGGUAUGGGAUCACUAGGAGCUGCUUUUGGACCACUAGUAACUGGAUUUGUAUCUGAUUACUUUGGAUGGGACAGUGCGUUUAUCGUAUUAAUGGUAGCUUGCUUCUUGUCAUCAUUGAUGCUCUCCAGAUUACUAUCGAAAGAAAUUGCAUCCCUCUACCGUUCAGCAAAAAGUUUUAUCCAGAAAAAAUUUUAUCACAGGCAUACUCUUAAUUAAAAUAUUAUGAGCCAUCACGUGCAGUCAUGCUGUAAUUCUUUUUCUUAUCUCCUUUGAUGCUUCAUGUAUUUUGAUGUAACUAUGAUAAAUUAUGAUUGUCAUUUUAAGAGUUAUUAUUUAUUUGUCAUUCCUCCGCAUUAGUUUAUGAUAUCCUUUUACUUUGUACAGUAAUAAUUACACUGGAA